AGUUAGUAGACGUAUGUGGCAGCGGCCGCGGUGUAAAAACGAAAUUUGGUUUGCCUUUUCUGUUGACUCCUAGCGUUUCGGUGUAAAUAUUUAUUAUAUAACCAUGCUGUGUCAAAAAGUACUUUCUGUAAUUUUUUGUCUUUGUAUGUCUCUGAGAUUUUCGUCUGCGUUAUAUUUUCAUAUUGCUGAAACGGAAAGAAAAUGCUUUAUAGAAGAAAUUCCCGACGAAACACUAGUAGUGGGAAAUUAUAAAUGCGAACUUCACGAUCCCAAAACCGGAGGAUUUAUGCCAUCGAGUCCUGGCGUCGGUAUGCAUGUUGAGAUAAGGGAUCCUGAUGACAAAAUUAUACUCUCUAAAGUUUACAGUUCUGAGGGCAAAUUUACGUUCACAUCAAAUACACCCGGCGAACAUGUUAUUUGUUUAUAUUCCAACACUACGAAGUGGUUCAGUGGCAGUCAAUUGCGAGUUCAUUUGGAUAUCCAAGUUGGUGAGCAUGCAGUCGAUUAUGGAAAUGUUGCACAAAAAGAAAAAUUGACAGAACUGCAACUCCGUGUAAGACAAUUGUUGGAUCAAGUUGAGCAGCUUACAAAAGAACAAAAUUAUGCUAGGUAUCGAGAAGAAAGAUUUCGUCAGACCAGUGAAAGCACAAAUCAACGUGUGCUGUAUUAUUCUAUUGCACAGACAGCAAUUUUGCUUUUAAUGGGAUUUUGGCAAAUGAGACAUCUUAGAAGUUUCUUCCAAGCUAAGAAACUGGUUUAAUUUCAUUAUAUCAAACAUACAUUACAUUUUUCACAAAAUUUCAUGAAAAACUUUUUAUUUGUUAAAACAAAAAUUUAUAAAACUGUCAAUAUAAAUUGAAAAUUUUUGUUCAAAGCAGUUUUAUAUAUCUAUAGUAAAAAGAAAAAUGAUUCUACUUCUCAAGGUGAUUUGAUAUUACUUAGUGUUUGCUUCAGUAUUUCUGUAAUUUUGUUUCUUAAAAUUGCAUUUUAAAAGAAGAAGUAGAAUCAUCUGCUGUAUUAUAAUUUGUGGACUUUUUAUUAAGGAAAAAUUUCUUUACAAUCCUAAUUUCAUUUUUAUGCUUCGUUUUACAUACAAAAGACUCAUUAUGAAGCAUCUUGUAAAAAAUUUUGUAAAUUAGUGCUUAAGACUUUUAUAUGAUGCAAGUAAAUAAGGAUUGUUAGUUAAUUUCUCACUUUGUAAAAACUUUUAAUACUACUUUGAAAAGCUUUACUAAGUUGAAUCUUUUUAAAACAAUUCUCAAUCUUUUUCCUGGGGCAAAAUUAAAAAAAAAUUCAAAUUUCUUAAUACAAAAAAAAGAGAACUUGACUAGGUGUAAGAAAGUUGUUGCUUAUUUUAAUUAAGGUUUUUAUUAUAAGAUUAUCAUUUGCUUGCAAUAUGUAAAUGUAAAGAUAAUUAUUGUAAUUUUUAUAUGUGAGCAAAUAAACCUUUGAAAAAAAUUACAGAAAGUUAUGAAAAGUAGUGUGUAAAAAUAACCGUAAAAUGUGAUUACUAUCAUUUUUCUAAUGAAAAUUUUUUUUGAGUUGUGGACAGAAAGAACAUUUCUGAUAACGGUUGAAAAAUUUCAUGACCGAUGUUGGUCUUCUGGACCAGAAGUAAAAAAUCCAUGUUUGUGUCUUUUAUUUAAAAUUUGUUCAAAUUAUUUCAGCCUAAAAUGAACAUAAUUUUUUAAGUUUAAUCGAAAGGUAUACUCACAAUUUCUGAGGGAGGAGUUAUUGUUUCAAAGUAUUAUAUUAUGUGCUAAAUAAAAUAGCUUAUGUUCAAUUUUUCAAGAUUAAGAUUCAAACAUUUUGGAAGAUUUGGAAAUUUUUAAUACUUAAUGGCACUAUUGACUUUUUAUAUGUUUAAAAAGUAACUUAUGUAACUAAAAAAAUAAAAGUUUUAUUUUGUUACAAUUACUUCAAAGUAUGCCAUCAAUUUUUUGCUUUGAUAAUUGUACAAAAGUGGUAGUAUUAAACAACAAAAGAAUAAAAUGCAUAACAAUUACCAAAAUGAGAUCAAAGUUACUGUCCAGUUUUUCCUAGGUUUAGAUAAGAUUAUGUAAAAGUUUUUCAGAUUUAGAAUGGUUAUGAGAAUUCAAAAUACUUGUGAAAACACAUUUUGAAGUAAUUCAAGAUGUAAAGAUUUGAAUAAAUAUAUAUUUUGCAUAGGGUUUUUCCCAUAAAAUUUUAGAUUUUUCUUCCUUUCAAAUUAUUAACAUGAAAAUGUAUUGAAUUGUUUUCAUUACUAUAACAAUGAAAUGUAACUUUGAUUUACUUUUUCAAAACUACCUUAGUUAUGAAUAUAAGUUGAAAUAAAUUGCAUUUUUAUGA